AUUUUGUAUCACUUCGGUAUUGGCAUCGAUACCGAUAACAAUAUAUAUACAAUAAUAAGUAAAAAUUAAUAGUUUUCAAUAAUGAAGACAAUAAUACUCAGUCUUUUACUCUGCGGAGUACUAGUUCACACGUUACCACACAAUAAAUUGUCUGCAAGACACGAUCCAGAUUCAAAAUCCAAGACUGAUUUGAAAACGAAGGAUAAGUUACUUUUACCCCGGGUUAAUAAUUCAAGUGAAGAAAAUAAUAACAGAACCAAAAAAUCCGCGACGUAUUGCUUCGAGGUACAGAAUUCGGGGUCAUCUCAGUGCUGUCCUUGUCCAUCGGGAAUCGGAAGUCAAGGCAGUAACGGGGUAAUAUAUACAAAUGAAGGCCGUCAACAAAUAGUUUAUGAAGGAGUACAGCCAGUUAAUCCUACAUUUGGAAUAACUAAAGUAUUUUCACCUCAAACAGUCGUUACACAAAAAGUGAUUCCAUCAGUAGCCGUCUCUUCUCAAUCAGAAACGUCAAUAUGCUGUCAUCCAUGUGUUACUCAAAGUAAUAAUCAAGAGUUUAUUCUACAGCCUACUGACAAUCAUCAGAAACAUUACGUCCAACCGCCACCAGUUUGCCAACAUCAUACAACUCCACCACCAGCAGUUUAUCAACCGCAAUUUGGACAAGCAAGUGGAUCAUCAUCAAACGAAAAUUUAAGUCGUAAUAACUCGUCAUCUGAAACCGUAGUCAAGAAUGUCGAGUCUUCGAAAUGUGACGAGGAUACUUACGUGGUAAUUCCGCCGGUAGAUACACAGUCAUCAGUUACUUAUGUACAGUUUCCAAUUAUUCAACAGCAAACGCCAGUAUUUCCUCAGAUACUCAAGGGAAAGUCGAAGCUUAUUGAUGCAUGUAUGCCAAAAACUAAUGGAUCAACAAAAUCAAUCAUCACUAAGUCUGAAUCAUCAUCAUCAUCAGAAUCAGCAUCAUCAGGAACUAGUUCAUUUGUGAGUAAUGCAGGUGGUCUAAGUGAUUUUCGUCCACAAUUAAUAGAACAAUUUAAUCAACCUGGACAAUUAAAUCAAUUUGGACAGUUUAAUCAACCUGGACAGUUUAAUCUACCCGGACAAUUCAAUCAACCUGGGCAAUUAAAUCAAUUUGUACAGUUCAAUCAACCUGGACAAGUUAAUCAACCUGGGCUAGUUAAUCAACAAGGACAAUUCAAUCAACCUGGACAGGUCUAUCAAGCUGGUUCAGUUAAUCAACCUGGACAAGUUAAUCAAUCAGGACAAGUUAAUCAACCUGGUUCAGCUAAUCAACCUGGACAAUUCAAUCAACUAGGGCAAUUUAAUCAAGAACAACUGAACCAACUAGGCCAAUUUAAUCAACAACAACAAUUUAAUCAAGGACAAUUAAGUCAACCUUAUGAUUUACCAUCACCAUCAGUAAAUCAUCAACAAAUUUAUCAACCACCUCAAUCUAAUGGAUUUUUAAUUAAUAAUCAAGGAUUUAUAAUUCCAAGCGGAGCUCUUCAAUCAUACGAAAAUCAAUUAUCUGUUAAUCCAAUUAAUCAAAUAGGAUUCGGUCAUCAACAAGCACCACAACUUAAUAAUCACUUAUUUCAGCAAAGAUCUUAUAACAUGCCGUUACCUUAUCCAAUUACACCAGAAAUGGCCAGUCCUCGUAGUGCCAAUGACAUUUCUCAAGCACAAUUUAAUCUCUCCCCGAGUCAACAGCUGAAUUCGAGUCAAGAUCAACAGGUAGAUGAUAAUCUGCUGAAGAGAUAUCACUCACGUUCUAUUAAAGCUGAUAAAGAAAGCGAAGAAAAUGAUAGCGCUGAUUCACCGUCAGAAGCAGACUCACACUUACAAGUCGACGCGUCGAGUGUCACAUUGCAAAAAUUAAAACCAAAUCCGUUUUUACAUUCUCAUGACAGUAAAGUCAUUAAAAAAAAUUCGUUGCAACAUAAAAGUUUAAAGAAUGAUAAAGACACAGUGGAUCUAUCGGGAAUAAAUCAAUCGAAAAUAAGUGAAAAAAAGAAAUUUAGAAAUUAAAAAAUACUUUAUUUUUAUAUACAUUUUUUUAUAUUAUUCAUUAUUUAUAAAUUAAGUAUCAAAGUGAAUGUUUAAUUUUUUUUUUAAUAAUUAUAAUAAUAGAAUUAUUUGUUAAUUAAGGUCUGUCU